AUGCUAACUUGUGGGCUACAGUUCGUCUCGUCUCGCGGCAAUGAGUAUUACUGCGAAAUCGACGAAGACUACUUGACCGACCGCUUCAACCUGACCGGCCUUAACACGGAAGUUCAAUACUACCAGUAUGCGCUCGAUCUCGUGACCGAUGUCUUUGACAUGGAGGUCGACGAUGACAUGCGCGAACAGAUCGAGAAGAGCGCCAGACAUCUCUACGGUCUCGUGCAUGCGCGCUACAUUGUGACGACUAGAGGUCUCGCAAAGAUGGUAAGCAUUUAUCUUUUUUCUACUUUCUUUCUUAUCAAAUCUACGGCCUUCACAUACACAAGAAAAACAUCACCGACUAACACGCCAUGCAAAAAGCUCGACAAGUACAAGUCCGGCACCUUUGGCAAAUGCCCCCGCGUCAUCUGCGACCAACAACAUCUCUUGCCCAUGGGUCUCCACGACGUCCCCGGCACCUCAACCGUAAAACUCUACUGCGCCAAAUGCGAAGACAUCUACAACCCCAAGUCAUCUCGCCACAACGCCAUUGACGGCGCCUACUUUGGCACCUCCUUCCACAACAUUCUCUUCCAGGUGUACCCUGCCAUGCUGCCACCCAAGACUCAAAGACGCUACGAGCCACGCAUCUAUGGCUUUAGAGUCCAUGCUGCUGCUGCAUUGAUGAGAUGGCAGGAGGAGAAGAGAGAGGAGAUGAAGGAUAGACUCAGAAAGGGAGGAUUGGAGACGGGCUUUGAGGAGGAAGACGAGGAGCUCGAGGACGAGGACAGCGAAGAGGGCGAUGAGAGCAAGGAUGGCAUCGAUGACAUGUUUGAGGCUCCUGCUCCUACCGUGCAGUAG